AUUGGCGAUGGGCAGAAGGAGGAGGACGCUGAUGGUCUGUGAUGCUCUCUCAGCUGGUCUCUAGGAUAAAAAGCUUCCGUUCAGGACUACAGCAGGCAGGCUUCCCGCAACACUUUCUACAGACAACGAGAGGAGAGAGGAGGGCGUGGAGUUGGAGUUAGACGCAAAAGAGGAAUCUGCUCUAGCGGCUGCCCCCUAUCUGCGCCGUGUCUCUGUGGAAUCAGACUGCGACCCGCUGUGUCAACUUGCAGUGACUGCUCCGUGACUCUGCUCCACGCAAACCCCUCAGUUGUUUUGCAGUUUUGGUUUGGCCGCGUCCCUGAGUUUCAUUUGAGCCUUUAUUUUUGCAGCGCCGCCCCCAAUUUAAGUUGCUUCAAGUUUCGCACGAACCCUCAGUUUAAAUUAAAAAAAAAACCCAAAACCCCGCAGGAAACUCCACUGGCUGUGCAGCUUGUGUGUUUGCAUGGGACUCCCCAGGUCUGGUGGAGUUGUUUUCUCCAGUUGGCGCCACGCUCCUUUUUUUUUCCCCCCUGGCGUUAUCGAAGUUGCACUGCGCCCAGCUUUCCUGGGAUUCUGUGGAUUGCAUUUCGUCCCAUUUACCCAGAUCCUCUGGGUUGCACUGCGCCCAGCUUUCCUGGGAUUCUCUGGGUUGCACGGCCCCUGUCUGUGUGGUCGCUGCUGCGUGUCCCAAUGCUCCCUCACCAGGCGCUGUCCACUCGGAUGUUCGUGCUGAUCCUGAUCGGGAUUCUCGACGGCGGCUCCAGCACUCGGGUUUUGAGCGGUCAGACCGUGUGCUAUGGCGGCCCAGAGUACCCCUGCUACAAGAUCGCCUACUUCCAGGACCUAAGCCGGCGUAUCGGCUUCGAGGAGGCGAGUCAGGCUUGUGAGAUGGACGGGGGAGCCCUUGUCAGCAUCCGCUCAGCCACUGAACAGCGGCUGAUUGAGACCCUCCUCCAGGACCUCACCAAGUCGGGCUCUGGGCUUUCGGAUGGAGAUUUCUGGAUUGGACUGAGGAGGAGCGAUGAGGGCCUGUCCCACAACACUUUCAGUGGAUGCCCCGACCUCUACAGGUGGACAGAUGGAAGUGCAGCCAAGUUCAGGAACUGGUAUGCAGACGAGCCUUCGUGUGGGAGUGAGGCUUGUGUAGUGAUGUAUCACCAACUGACCGCUCAGCCUGGGCUGGGAGGCCCCUACCUCUAUCAGUGGAAUGAUGACAGGUGUAACAUGAAGCACAACUUUGUCUGCAAGUAUGCCUCAGAAAACCUCUUGACCAAUGAAUCCGAAGACCUUGUGGAGUCAGAUUAUGUUUCAGAAAAUGUGUCCGCGGGCCCAGAACUCAAGGUUCAAGCACCGAGCAACUCUGCCGAUGACCAACACCACAUGGUUGUGACAGAAUCAUCAGGGAUAAUGCCCAAUGUGGUGUACGUCAUCAUUCCUACAAUUCCACUGCUGUUGUUGUUGGUGGUUGCCCUGGCAACCUGCUGCAUCCAGAUGUUGACCAGAAGCAAAGACCGAUCAAAGAGCAGCCCAAAUGAGUCGACUCUCUGGAUAUCCGCAGCUCCGAAAAAGGAGAACCUUGCUGAUGUUUAGUAAUCUGCAGGCCAGACUUAAUCCCAUGGAUAAAGAGUCAGGCAGCAACAUCAGUAAACACACACACACACAAAGCCAACCAUCCGACAAGCUGAUUACAGACUUCUGAGAGAAUGCACACAGAGACAAGACAGGUCUGAGAGAGACCAAGGAGCAUCCAACCAGAUCAUCAACCGAAACGAGAAAUCAAAAUUCCCCAUCCUCUUGUCAAUUUUUCUUUUCACUGCUGUGUUCAGGAUGGAUUUUAGAAAAAGGCAGAAGAGAUACAGUCGCUGAGGGCAGUGUCAAUGGAAAUGAUGAGUGCUAGUAGUACACAGCUUUUGGACAAAUGCCAAGAGGUGGACAAAACCAAGAGACAGGUCAGGGUUCUAAUCUGGAGGUUUUGGCAGAAAAUGGACUGCUUAGGGAUUUGAAAACUCAUUUCGUUCGGGGGCGUGGAGUGGAGGGGUGGGAUGGGAUGAGGCAGAAAACAUGCUCUUGAGGAGCAGCAGUGAAUGGCUUUAAAUUGAUGAAGUGUUAUCAUUGCUUCAAGGUCAAGCUUCUGGUGAAGAUGCCAUGAUCAAUGACUCUGGACAAACUAUAAUGGCUUCCAGAGAAAAGAUGAACCAAUUCUCACUUAUUUCCCUCCAAUUGUCCAGAAUGAGUAUUUCCAUUUUUGGCAUGUUUAUUGCUUCUUGUUUGCUUGGAAUUGUGCUUUUUUUUUGUCCUGGGAAGAUGUUAAGAAAGUUUGGGGUGAGGGGGAGCGAAAGGUGAAAUAUUUUUAAAUAAAUUGGACUGUGUGAAGAAUUGAACUGUUUAUAUUUUUCAUUCUAGUUGGCAAAGAUGGUAAAUUGGGCCAAUUCUGGUUUGGGGAGUGUCAUGACUAGCAUAUGCUAGAUUGUCAAUCAUGCCAACCCUGUAUGAGUCAUGUGCUAAUCAAAUACCAGACCGACAGUGACCCAUUCCUGGCUGGUAUUGUGGUCAAUUAGUAGGACCUCUAGAGUUGACUUGUCUGAGGAUUUUUUCUACUCUCUAUUGUCAACCAUGAGCCUAAUUGGUGGUGCAACCUGGAAUCAUAGAAUCCCUACAGUGUGGAAACAGACCCUUCGGCCCAACAAAUCCACACUGACUCUCCAAAGAUUA